UGGUUUGAUCUCGAAAGUUCAAAGCUUGAAAGAAACAAAAAACGAUCACGCCAGGCAGCCACAUGGCUUGGCCGAUCAUAAAUCUCUAAUAAAUAUUUUCUCCAUGAUUCAUGAUUGAAAAGCUUGAUCGAUUAAAUAUAUUCCGAAGGGUAUGAUAUUUUUAGUGAAUGUGAAGCUCAAACAGACAGACAAUGACAAUUGGAAAUGGUCGGUGUUGGCAUACAAACAAAAGAGAUAUAAUUCUUUCUUUUGAUUAGAAUUUUGUUAUUGUUUUGAUUUUCAAAAACUCUUAUCUUUUGGUACUAUAGCCACAACCAUCCUCAGUGGGUUUUCCAUAUUCCAUUUGCUUUCCUCUCUUUUGUAUUUCUGUUUGGAAUUUUCUAGCUAAUCUAGGGACAGGUCGGAUUUAUGGUCCAAUUUGAUAAUUUAAAAUAUAUUUUAUUAUAAGAACAAAAAGUAAUAAAAAGAAACUAAUUCCAGCACUGCUUGCUAAUUGUUGUGCUAACUUCCCUUUCAAUUCAAGACUAAGCACUCUCUUGCAGAAUCCAUUUUUCCUUUUCUUUUUUAACAUAACGCUAAAGAAAAAGAGCUCUCUUUCCUUUCUCUUCCAUUUUCUUUUUGCUUCUGCCUUUUGGGUUGCACGGUCCAUUGGCAAAAUAAAAGAAAGUUUCUUCUUUUCUUAGUGGGAUUCUGUGGUUCUAAAGAGUUGGAGACAGAGAGAGAGAGAGAGUGGGAGAAGGGAAAAAAAAAGAGAUGGGUUCAUGUGUUUCAGUGCAUAAGAGCUCUCAAGAGUCUGCCAUGAAACUUGGGCUUUUUAUAGAGCCUAAAACAGAUAGCCUUAUCAUUCCACCUUCACCUGUUAAAGAGAAACCUGCUGCUGCCAAUGGUCACUUUGCACUUGAAUCUCAAUCUUCCUCUACUUUUAAAGAUUUAGGUAGUAAAGAUGAAACUUUUUUUGAUUCCCGAGCGUAUCUCGAUUCAGAUUGUGAGGAUGAUUUCGUUAGUGUCAAUGGGGAUUUUACUCCUCAUAGUAAUACCCCAGUUCAUCGGAGCUUCUUUGUGGGGACAUCUCAAGUUAACAAAGUCGGUGAUGAUGGAUCUCCAGGGUCAGUUUCUGAAACAUCCCCAUCAGGGAAGAAAAAGAAGCUGGUUGAACUAUUCCAAGAGAGCAUUAGGGAUGACCAUGAUACUACCGAGCCAAAUACCUCAAGCAACCAGGACACUGCCACUGAAAAGAUAGUCAAACCAACUAUCCAAGACAUACUACCUCCAAAAUCCGUAGAUGGUACCCCUUAUGUCUCUGGAGCUAACUCCUGCUGCAGUAGUGAAAGGACUGUGAAUGGAGAUAACCCUAUCUUUAAAGAGAAGCCAUUAAGAUCUGUACAGUGUUGCCUUCCCAGCUUGGUUUCAUGUAGUAGUUUUAGUGAGAGGAAGAAGAAGAUGAGCCCUGCAAUAGCUGCAAACGAUAAGCCGUAACUUCCAUCCGCUACCAGCAAUUAGAUUGAAGAAGCCUGGAUCUUGAUUCCCAGAGAUCAUUUGCUCAAGAUGACUUCAAAUUUUUGUCAGAAUUAACGAAGUCUUGGUGUCAUGGUUACUUAAAUAUGGGAUUUUCGGAUUCAGGGAAAUGAAAAAAAGCUGCCCUGGCCUAUUAGUAGUAUACCGUCUCAGUCAACCUGAAGGUAUUAAUUUUCUUUUCGACACGAAGUUUAUAACAUUACAGGUAUUGUGUGAUAAAAAUGCAAAAGAAUCAAAGGAAAACUUGUAAAUGACUCUUGUAAUCAAUUUCAUAUAUAUUAUGUAAAGUAUUUUUUAUAUAUCUUAAGUAACUUAAGGGUUGUGAAA